GCACAUCCUAAUGCAGAGAUGCUGCAGUGGCUUUGGGCACACACAUCCACACUCGGGCAGGCACCAGCCAAGCACUGCCUCGCAGCCGAGCCUCCGGCAGCGGCGGGGCCCCGCGGGCCCCUGGCUCACGCACACGCAUCCAUCCCGCACAAGGGCUGCCGUCCCCACUCACCCGCAGAGGCUCAGCCGCAGAGGCCAUAACCCGGCGGGAGGCGCACGAUGGGAGGCACCGCUGGAUUUCUCCGCACAUCCCUGGUUGUCGUCACCUUUCUGGUUUGGUGCCGAGCACAGAGCAGCACAAGGAACUACGGGCCAGUGUUCGAAGAGCAGCCUGUCCACACCCUCUUCCCCGAAGGCUCAGCAGAAGAGAAAGUCACGCUGGCUUGCCGAGCAAGAGCCAGUCCCCCUGCGACCUACAGGUGGAAGAUGAAUGGCACAGAGAUAAAGAUGGAGCCAGAUUCCCGUUACAGGCUGGUUGCAGGCGACCUAGUGAUAAGCAACCCAGUGAAAGCCAAGGAUGCUGGCUCCUACCAAUGCGUGGCCUCUAAUUCCAGGGGCACGGUGGUCAGCAGGGAAGCCUCCCUCCGCUUUGGCUUUUUGCAGGAAUUCUCCGCAGAAGAGCGAGACCCUGUGAAGAUUACAGAAGGCUGGGGAGUGAUGUUCGCCUGCAGCCCUCCUCCCCACUACCCAGGCUUAUCCUAUCGAUGGCUCCUCAAUGAAUUUCCCAAUUUCAUCCCAGCCGAUGGAAGGCGUUUCGUCUCUCAGACCACAGGAAACCUUUACAUUGCCAAGACAGAAGCUUCCGACCUGGGGAACUAUUCAUGCUUUGCCACCAGCCACAUCGACUUCAUCACCAAGAGUGUUUUCAGCAAGUUCUCCCGGCUCAGCCUCUCUGCAGAGGAUGCCAGGCAGUACGCACCCAGCAUAAAAGCCAGGUUUCCUGCAGACACCUACGCUCUGGCUGGGCAGAUGGUGACUUUGGAGUGUUUUGCCUUUGGAAACCCUGUUCCUCGAAUAAAGUGGAGGAAGCUGGACGGCUCACAGUCCUCCAAGUGGAUCGGCAGCGAGCCCCUCUUGCAGAUCCAGGAUGUUGGCUUUGAGGAUGAAGGCACUUAUGAGUGUGAGGCUGAAAACAUCAAAGGGAGAGACACCUACCAGGGCCGCAUCAUCAUUCAAGCUCAGCCAGAGUGGCUGAAGGUGAUCACAGACACGGAAGCCGACAUCGGGUCUGACCUGCGCUGGAGCUGCGCGGCUGCUGGCAAACCCAGGCCCGCAGUCCGAUGGCUUCGGGACGGGCAGCCGCUGACCUCCCAGAACCGCAUCGAAGUGAGCGGUGGAGAGCUGAGAUUUUCCAAGCUAGUCCUGGAGGACUCUGGCAUGUAUCAGUGUGUGGCUGAGAACAAGCAUGGCACAGUAUAUGCAAGUGCUGAAUUAACAGUGCAAGCCUUAGCACCAGAUUUUAGACUAAACCCAGUGAAGCGACUGAUACCUGCAGCCCGAAGCGGGAAGGUCAUCAUCCCGUGCCAACCAAGAGCAGCACCAAAAGCCACUGUACUCUGGACCAAAGGGACUGAACUUCUGAUCAACAGUAGCAGGGUGACUAUUACCACAGAUGGCACCUUGAUCCUCCAGAAUAUCAGCAAAUCUGAUGAGGGAAAGUACACCUGCUUUGCUGAGAAUUUCAUGGGCAAAGCCAACAGCACUGGAAUCCUCUCUGUUCGAGAUGCCACCAAAAUCACAUUGGCACCAUCUAGUGCCGAUAUCAACGUGGGUGAAAACCUGACUCUGCAAUGUCACGCGUCCCAUGAUCCAACUAUGGACCUAACCUUCACCUGGUCACUAGAUGAUUUCCCCAUUGACUUUGACAAGUCCGAGGGGCACUACCGGCGAGCCAGUGUGAAGGAAGCUAUUGGGGACCUCAGCAUCUUCAACACCCAGCUGAAGCACUCGGGGCGGUACACGUGUACAGCCCAGACAGUUGUGGACAGUGCUUCGGAGUCAGCCACGCUGACUGUCAGAGGACCUCCAGGCCCCCCUGGGGGCGUGGUGGUGAGAGACAUCAGUGACACCACCAUCCAGCUGAGCUGGAGCCGCGGCUUUGAUAACCACAGUCCUAUCGCCAGGUACAUCAUCGAGGCGCGGACCCUGCUCUCCAGCAAGUGGAAGCAAAUGCGUACCAAUCCUGUAAAUAUUGAAGGCAACGCAGAGACAGCCCAGGUGGUGAACCUCAUUCCUUGGAUGGAUUACGAGUUUCGGGUCUUAGCGAGUAACAUUCUUGGAGUUGGGGAGCCAAGUUUACCCUCCAGCAAAAUCCGUACCAAAGAAGCAGCACCUACUGUGGCACCAUCUGGGCUCAGCGGAGGCGGAGGGGCUCCCAACGAGCUGAUCAUCAACUGGACGCCAACGCUGCGGGACUAUCAGAACGGAGAUGGCUUUGGCUACAUCUUGUCGUUUCGCAAGAAAGGCACCCAGGGGUGGUUGACAGCAAGGGUGCCGCACGCAGAAUCGCUGCACUACGUCUACCGUAACGAGAGCAUCGGUCCCUACACGCCCUUCGAAGUGAAGAUCAAAGCGUACAACAGGAAAGGAGAGGGGCCAGAGAGCCUCACCGCCAUCGUGUACUCUGCAGAAGAAGAACCGAAAGUGGCUCCUUUCAGAGUCAUGGCCAAGGCUGUUCUGUCCUCAGAAAUGGAUGUGUCCUGGGAGCCCGUUGAGCAGGGAGACAUGACUGGAGUGCUUUUGGGCUACGAGAUCCGCUACUGGAAGGACGGUGAUAAAGAGGAGGCAGCUGACAGAGUGAGAACAGCAGGGCUGGUCACAUCAGCUCACGUAACAGGCCUAAACCCCAACACGAAAUACCACGUGUCAGUCAGAGCUUACAACCGGGCUGGAACCGGCCCCCCCAGUCCCUCUACCAAUGUCACGACAACAAAGCCACCACCAAAGAGGCCGCCUGGCAACAUCUCCUGGACUUUUUCUGGGUCUACAGUCAGCAUCAAGUGGGACCCAGUGGUGGCGAAGGCAGAUGAGUCUGCAGUUACGGGGUACAAGAUGCUUUACAGGCAGGACUCCCACUCUGCCCCCACACUAUACCUGGCCAGCAAGAGCCGGAUCGACAUCCCCGUCCCUGAAGACUUCACUCACGCCUUUGUACAGAUCAGGGUGACAGGCCCUGGGGGAGAUGGAAUCCCAGCAGAAGUUCACAUCCUCCGAAACAGUGGGACAAGUAUGAUGGUGGAAGACUCCGUGACGAGGCCAGUGCCACACGUUGUCAUUGUCACAACUAACUCUCUAGUAAUGGUGGCCCUGAUCAGCUACCUGGAGCUCUGACGACGGCCAGCGCGGCAGAGGACUCCCGGACACACUUCCUCCCAAGCCAGUGGAGAAUACUGAAUACUUGGCUGCUGCAACUUCAAGUUUGUCCCAGAGCAGCAUUUCAGAGAAAGGAUUUGACAACAUUGUUUUGAGGGAGGAAGAAAGAAACAGCUUUUUUUUGUUGUUGUUUUGGAAGAAUAUAAGCUUUCAUACAAGACAUGGGUCUUUAACUGAUUAAAAUUUUUUUAAAGAAACGAGUAAAACAAAGAAGAAUUCUUCAUGAAUUCUGACAGCCAACUGCCCCACACACUGUAUCCAGUAGGUUUUCUGCCUUAUGAAGCCAUGUACUAAAAUAACCAGACUGCUAAACUUUUUUUUUUUUUUUUUAAUAUGUACAGCGAAUUUUGGGGGGUAGCGGGAGGAUGAGGACUGAGGAUUUCAGAGUGAUCAGCACGUUCCAUAUCAAUCCCAUCCACAGCCAUCUCUAACAAAUUGUGGGACAGGAAUUCCCCCCCCCCCGCCCCCUCCCUAAUAUGAGCCAAAUUCUGCAGCAACCAGCCCAAGGAGAUAAAGCCACAGGAGAGAUUGAUCUCUGCCCCAGCCUGAAGAUGGGUGAUCACAGAGCUGAAAUUGUGAAAAGCUUUUUUACAACACUGGUGUUAACUUGCAACCCCAGCCUAUUGUUUGUAUCAACUCUCAUGCCGUGAGGUGCAAUGUUCAAUGGUUCAAUGUUAUCCAUAUCCCACACGCUUUUGGGGUGUUUUUGUUAUAUUGUUUGCUGCUUUCCUUUCUGUUUGGGGAGGAGAAGGGGUAAGCGAAAAGGAGAUACUUUUCUAGCAUCCACUAAUUUGGGGAGGCAGUUCUGCCUAAUAACAGAGAUGUCAAUAUAUCCAAUUUCAAUAGAGAGAGGGUCUUAAAGGAGGAAGAAAAAGGACUAUUACAUAAUUUAACCAAGAAUUAGAGACUCAAGGAAGCCAUCAGUGGGGUGACAAGGAAAAUCUGGACUCUGUCAGAUUCAUCACCCUACACAAACGGCUCCAUCCAGCCAAAAUACCAUUCUCACCUUGGGACUGCAAGAUUGAGAUCCAACCAGUAAGUCAGUCCGGUUUUCAGGUCCAAGGCUCGUACAGCUACUGUAAACGGGAGGGCUGGUACCCCAGGGAUGCUGACGCGCACCAUUAACUAAAAUGGUUGGGAAUAGAUGUUGCAUAUUAAAAUCUCUCUGUCUCCUGGUAAAGCACUUGACCAAAGUUGACUAGAAGCUGAUUUACGUUGCUUGCAGGUUAGAUCCCAAGGGCGCUUUUAGGGACCUUUGCCUGCCUGUACCUGCCUCCUUCCCAGCGGACAAUACUGCUGGCCUGAGCAAUCUCAGUUCCAGAGUUACCUGACGAAGGGCUACGCUUGCAGGACUGUGCAACGGCAAGGGAUUGACAGACAGUUUCUACACUACUUGCCAAGUUCUUGCCUUUGCUAAUCAUUUUAAAACUCUGUGUCCUAGGCCUUAGUGAGCAUUUGAGAGAUUACAUGCAUAAAUGCCCGGCCCCCCAGAGUUAUGCCUAUUGCAUAUAUCCAUAGGAUCCCAUCCCAAUUCUUUUAGCAUCUGGCCUACCCUGGAAGCAAGAAGGUAAACGCAAGAAAGAGAAAGGCUCCUAUGCGUUUAGCAAACAAGAUAAAUGCUUUAAGAAACAAGCAAAAAAACCCCAACCCCACAAAAACAAAACCCAAACUUAAAGAGUCUAAAUAUUUAGAGCACAGCUGCAGGAAAAAGAAAGGGUGCUUCACUGUUUCCAUUACAAAUAACACCUGGGUAAAGUGGAAAGAUGAUGACAACAGCUCCCACCGGCACACAGAAGGCUGAGGCAGGCAGCAACGGCAGGUAUCCAGCACCCCAGACCUCCUCCAGGUCCCUCUCCAUGAAUUACCCCCUCGUUCCCUCUAGUAGGUUGCAACACUUCUUUCAGAAGGACAACAGCUAAAUAUAAACUAUAUUUUUGUAUGAUUUACGUUCUUGAAGAUUUUAAAAUAUUUUUAUUGAUGUUUGGAAGCUUUGUUUGGCAAAAUAUUUUAUGUUGUUAGUUCAGCAUUUUUGUUAUCACCUCCAUCCUGCUGGGCCUUCAACCCUUCUCCCACAAAAGACGGAAUGAAAGGAAAAUUAGGAAUUCAGUGUUAGCUCAAAAGCAAAGAAAAUUAGGGCUUGGGCAACAGUUACCUGAUGGAAAUGCAGAACUAUGAUGACUAUAUUUAGGAGGCAUAAACUAACCGGACCUGUGGAGCUCCAGAGCGCUGCUGGAUGAUGUCCUGCAUGAAGCAUGGGCCCGAUUCAGGAGAGGAGCAAACAAGAUCAGCAAGGUUACACGACAUGCCCAAAGAGCCUUCACCGAACGGACUCAGCUAAUUCCCUCCCAGAGGUGCACACCAGAUACCUCCAAAGAACGUGCUUUGAUGGACCACGUGUUGGUUGAGCUCUCACAAGCAAGCGAAGUGAAGCAAGGAACUCCUGCUUCCCAUCCAAGGGCUGAGGUUCAGCAUCACUCUAGGACUGACCAGCUGGCUACGCAAUGUCUGUUACAGAAACUUGCUCUCAAGGGAUGCUUCCAAAUGUGUCUGGCAACACUAGUGGCUCUGUUUUAUUGAACUUCACAGCGUUGGAAAGCAAGAUGCUUUAUAGCAUGGUGAAAACAGUAUCUCAAUGUUGCAAUGCCUCUAGUUUUUAAAUAGCAGCCACCUGCAACACUUCCCUGGGAAGGUUAAUACAUUUUCUUAAACUAGAUCGCAGGCACAUUUUAUAUAAGAAGUGAAAAACUACAUGAGUUGGAUUUCAAAUGUUCCAGUUAGCACUGCUCUGCAUUGCAGAUGGGCUGAAUAUAUUCUAAUUUGUAAAACUGAUGGGACAGUAUUUUCUAAAGCCUUCAAGUGACAAGUACAUCCCCUUGAAAGUUAAAUGUCUUCAAUUUGAAUUCAAGCUACGCCUCAAUUUUGAAAAGUCAUCAGCACAUACAGUUUCAUCAGUAUGCAUUUUUAAUCAAAACAGUGCUGUGCUUUUUGCAAUGUUUUAAGGAUUAAACAUAGAAGCAAAGAGGUAUGACCUAGUGAUAACCACAACGGCCUUACGACCACUUGCUCUAAUCCCAGCUCUGACACUGACUCCAUCUAUGGCUCCAAACAAUUAUUUCACCACUCCCUGCCUCAGUUUCCCUUCCUGAAAAGCGAGGCACGAGCAGGCCACUGUGUAUUCGCAAGUUCUUUGCGGUUUGAAAGUAACGUGCGUAUUCAAGCUGAUCAGUCACUGUCUGAGCUCCUGGAGGCAAACCUGUCCUGGUAUCUGUGCUGCCUCUUCUACCUAGUCCUCGCCUAACUCGGCCAGCCACAGCCCAGCCGACAUACAUCAGCGUUUCCUGAGUAUUAGCUAAAAGAAACUCUGAAAAAACGCACGUGGUAAACAGGCAGCCUCUCCCCCACAGAUUUUUUGUAAUUCUGGGGGUAUUUGUUGAUACUCCAAAGCUGCAGAGCAGAAAAGAUAGUGGCACGUUAGGAAACACGACAGGUAAGCACAGGGAAACACCUUGGGUGAAGGACACUGGGGAGGGAGGGGGACAGAAAAGAUUUUUCCACUUGCAACACCAGUACAUGAGAAAGGCCAAGUUCUGGCCCAGACAUUACAGGCUAAACCCCACUCCAGACAAGCUCAGUUUUUAUACAGAGACAGAAGCCACGUUAAGACAAAGACUGCCUGCCUUAGGCAGUCCGUUCAGCCAUUUUAUUUAUCAGGGGGUUAGGUGACCCACGAAAAAGGAUUUGCAUGUACAAAUGCAGCAUUUGUACCUCGUUCGACUUUAUCUAGGCUACAAAAAUACUACGUAUAAAGCCUAGCCAGAGCCAUGAACAGAAGAAAAAGAUGUGGAAGAAGCCUACUGUAAAGCCAGUUAGAGCUUCCUAAAAUGCAGCACAGGGGUUAAAGGGAAAGGUGUUCAGAGCUGGGGGAGAAAACUUAGAUUUCAACAUCUUAACAGAGUUUACUGGCUUUACACUGUUGCAUUAGGUUGCAAAUCAAUUUCCUGUCUCAUUAAGAAUCCCCUACAUUUAAUUGCUCUGAGCAUUUGCUUUAGAGAUUAACUUACAGGGAUGAGUUAGGCGCAGUGGGUUUUGUUCUCAGCACUCUAAUGGCUCGCUAACGAAAGUAAUCUAAUUUCACAGGGUCCAAUUUACUUGUCAGUAGUAAAAACCAACCCGACAAGGGUGCUGUAAGGAGAAUGCAACAAGGGUGAAAUGUUUUGAGACUCCCAAAUGAGAGGAGCUUUACAGUUCUGAUUUAUUCAUAUUUAACGUAAAAUAAUCGUCUACCUGAUACUAUUGAACUUCCAGACCAAAGAUUGCGCUUCUGGUUUUAGGUGGUCUGGGCUAAACUCGGCAUGCAGCUACGUAAGUUUGAAUAGGGAACUGCCCACGUGUGCAGCAGGACAGAUGAAGUCGCGUGCCCUGAACGGGAAAUGCUCUCGUAUUUUUGCCCAAGGAAUCAGUUGGAUAACGCAGGCAUCACAUUCAGCUAAUGCCUGGGGGGGUCUACAUCCCAUCUGCUCUAAACCUGCAAAGCUAUCCCCCAGCCGCAGAAACCCUCUGCUGUGAAUAUUUUAAUCCAGCUUCAACACACACAAACUGGGCAGUUUUUCUUCUUGGUAACUUUGUUGUACGCUAUUUUUUUAAGAAAUCCAAACAGGAAACAUUGUAAUCAUACUGUACUUACUGUAAUUAUGGUUAUUUAUUGGCUACAGUAGCACACAGUUCAUAAAUAAAGGUCUUCGGAGACUUUAGACAA